GGGCGCAGAGGCAGAGCAGGCGCGCAGAGGUCGAGAGCAUGGCCACUACACUCACAGUGAUGGUGGGAGCAGCCAUGGCUACGCGCGCGUCGAGUUCCCUCGCCCUCCCUCUUCACGGAGGAUCACUCACGCGGAGCAGCGCAGCUUCGGGACCGCAGUCUGUUAAGCUCUCAACGUCGAGAACGCGUGCGAGCCUUACACUGUCGUGUCGAUAUCGAAUUCGAUGUUCCGCUUCAAAUUCUUCCUCCGAGGAGUCGACGGUGGAUGCGGCUGAUGCGCGCCAGCAGGAGGAGGGGCAGAACGAGCUGCAGGAGCAGCAGCAGCAGCAGAAGCCGAGACGGUCUCAGAAAAGCAGAGUGGGAGGGGAAUCAACGGACUGGAUAGCGUCGUCUCUGACGCGGAGAUUUGGACUCGGUGCAGGUCUCGCUUGGGUUGGUUUUCUUGCCUUCGGAGUCAUCUCGGAGCAAAUCAAGACGCGCACCGAAGUCUAUCUUGAAACACAAGGCACCAAGGAUGUCGACGGUGGGAAGGAAGUGGUUCUUCCCAAUGGUAUUAGAUACGUAGACCUGCGGAAAGGAGGAGGAUCGGCGCCCUACAAGGGAGAUUUGGUUGUUGUGGACAUCACUGGGAAGGAUCGGAGGACAGGGGAGGUUUUUGUGGACACCACAGCCAAAGACAAGCGGCCCCUGGCGUUUGUUUUUUUGUUGAAGCCGUAUGCCGGAGGAGUUUGUGACGGGGUGGAGCUUGCCAUGGAGAGCAUGAAAGCAGGUGGAAUUCGGAAAGUGAUUGUUCCACCAGAAUUGGGCUUCGGAGAGACUGGUGCAGAUUUUGGAGAUGUGAAAAUUCCUGGUGGUGAGGAACUCGAGUAUGUCGUGUCGCUGCAGAGGGUUUCCAUAGCUCCAUCUUGAAUAAGGCCGUGAGCACAAGCUAUCUGUAAAUUAGUGACGUAGAUGACGAGAAUUCGAAAACUGUACAGCAAUUGAUCUCAACUCAUUGCACAAGAUUGGCACUGUAGAAUCUAGUGAACUGAGCUGUUAAUCCUUCAUCCAUUUUCUACUUUAUCCCUCAAUGCCGCUGGGUAACUUGGCUAUCACGUACAAUCGAUGUGGAUUUAAAACGGUUGGAGUCACCACUGAUGUUUGGAGCUUUCGUGAGAGUAGACACUGCCCAACUUUUAACAGUCGCAAUCAUCCAGGUCACGC